AUGGACCAUAGGACUGUCGGUAUACUGGGCGGCGGCCAACUGGGCCGCAUGAUUGUCGAGGCUGCCAACCGGCUAAACGUGAAGACCGUCGUGUUGGACGGGCCAAACUCGCCCGCAAAGCAAAUCAAUGCCGUGGGAGAGCACGUGGAGGGCAGCUUCGGGGUGGCUGCGGACAUCGAGGAGCUCGCGCAGCGCAGCGACGUGCUGACUGUGGAGAUUGAGCAUGUUGACGUGGGCACGCUGAGGGGCCUGCAGGCGAAGAUGCCAUCGCUUACAAUAUACCCGACGCCGGAGGCCAUUGAGCUGAUCCAGGACAAGCAUGUGCAGAAGGAGCACCUGUCGGGGCACGGUGUUGCGGUGGCGGAGUCUAUCGCGGUCGAGGGCACGGAGCCUGCGCUGGUGGCUGUUGGCGAGCAGUUGGGGUACCCGUACAUGCUGAAGGCGCGCAAGCUGGCGUACGACGGCCGGGGGAACUUUGUGGUGAAGAGUCGCGACAGCAUCGCGGAGGCGCUGGAGACGCUGGCCGACAGAUCGCUCUAUGCAGAGCGGUGGGCGCCCUUUGUGCGCGAGCUGGCGGUGAUGAUCGUGCGAUCGCCAGAGGGACAGCUGUUCUCGUACCCUAUGGUCGAGACGGUGCACCAGAACAACAUAUGCCACCUAUGCUACGCGCCAGCGCGGGUUGCUGACUCAAUCCAGCUACGUGCCAAGCUUCUAGCCGAAAGAGCCGUCGCAACGCUGCCUGGCGCGGGUAUCUUCGGGGUGGAGAUGUUCCUGCUGGAGGAUGGCGAGCUGUUGGUCAACGAGAUCGCGCCCCGGCCACAUAAUUCUGGCCACUACACCAUCGAUGCCUGUGUGACCUCGCAGUUCGAGGCACACCUGCGGUCGAUUCUUGGGCUGCCGAUGCCGCGGGGGUUCUCAUCGAUGGCUACGUCCAACACACACGCUAUUAUGCUAAAUGUGCUUGGCGACCCGCAAGUGAAGGACAAGGAACUAGCGAUAUGUGAGCGCGCCCUGGAAACUCCUGGAGCUUCGGUAUACCUGUACGGGAAGGAGUCGAAGCCGAAGAGGAAGGUCGGCCACAUAAAUAUUGUGGCUUCCUCCAUGCAAGAAGCGGAGCGCAAACUCAGGUUCAUCACCGGCGGGGCAGUGAGUUUGGAAGAGGAUGGGCAUAACCCACAGGGGGAUGCGUCUCCCCUGGUUGGAAUCAUAAUGGGGUCCGACUCGGAUCUACCCGUUAUGAGCAAGGCUUGCGAGAUACUGACUCAGUUCGGUGUCCCAUACGAGGUGACGAUUGUCUCAGCCCACCGGACCCCUCAUAGGAUGUCGAAGUACGCCAUCGAGGCCUCUGAGCGAGGAAUCAAGGCUAUCAUUGCAGGUGCAGGCGGUGCCGCUCAUUUGCCGGGAAUGGUCGCGGCCAUGACCCCUCUCCCCGUCAUUGGGGUGCCUGUCAAGGGUUCAGUCCUCGAUGGGGUCGAUUCAUUACAUUCUAUUGUACAGAUGCCUAGGGGUGUGCCGGUGGCUACCGUCGCAAUCAACAAUAGCACCAAUGCUGCUCUACUCGCUGUUAGACUUCUAGGAGCAUACGACACCAAGUACCACGCCUUGAUGCAACAGUUUCUCUUGAAACAGGAGGAAGAAGUUCUAGGCAAGGCAGAAAAGUUGGAAACGAUUGGAUAUAGGGCGUACUUGGAUCAAUAG